AUGGCUAUUGAGUUCGAACGAGACCCAAUUGACUGGGAUAUCAAUCCAGACCCAAUUUGCCUUCUAUGCGGAGUGGAGGUUAAGGAGAUGAUCUACUCCCAACCGGUGAAUCCAACCCGCUCUGAUGUUCUGUUCAGAGAAAAGAAGUGGAAACACUAUGCGAAGGCCAGACUAGAGCAUGUGAUGGUCCCAUCAAAGGAGGUAGAAGAGGUGGAUUUUGCCAAGUACCCCAGCAUGUGGUCAUAUAUGUGUCGAGCCAUAAUCAAAGAGCCUACUACCAAAUAUUUUCUGAGUGGUAUCACUGCACUUGAAGUGAAAUACUCCUAUCCAGAAAGGCUUCCACGAAGUCCUUACAUGGUUCCGAAGAACCCCGGCAUGGCACGAAUCGGUGGGAGAACACGCAACCUCCAAUACGAUGAUACCUUCAUUCCAUUCUAUCCAGCAAGCGUCAGAAGGCAGCUGGGUCGUUUCAGAGGCAAAAAUAUCGGAUUCGUUGUCCAUGCCCACUGUUGGGCUCUUCUUAACCACAUCAUAUCAACGACAUUGGUUGAAAGCAAAAUGGAUAAAUUCGUUCGCGCUGCCCGAAAAUACUGGCAUGAUCAUGAAGCGUGGGGAGGUCUUGAUUAUAUGCUCAUGGAAUGGAAGCUUCGGCUGGGACCUCGUCAUCCAGGAUUCUACUACGGCUGCGAUAUUUACAAGAAUCCUUUCGUAGUGCCCGAGGUUCAAAAAGCAAUUGACAGCGCAAGGAAGACCAAGAAGGAACCUGUGAAAUCCCGUUGCAGUGACGUACCAUUGGAAGUUGCGAUUAUGAUCGCCGAGUGGACUUGCCCUAUUCACUACACACCGGCUGAUGUGAAUAACACACGAAAUUUGCUUUCUGCAUGGCAGUGGACAUUGCCUGAUGGGUUUUGGAAAAGCCGGCUAAAAGAGGAGAUAUUCGUUGAAUUGAAUCCACUCAGGGAGUCCGACUAUUCAAUUGAUUGGCAGGCCCUACGGCUUGAUUUGAUGGGUCUUGUUUCUGACCAGGAAUGGUAUUCUAGCAGUGGCUUGCCGAAUCGUGAGCGGGUACUUGGCUUUAUGAGUGCUAUAAAGUCGACUUUUCUCAAAAUGCGUUGA